GAAAUAGAUUUUUCCUUUUAAGUGAAAGUAUGUGUUAGAGAUAUGACAGAAGCCAUAUCUAUGUAUCUCUCUGUGUUUUGAAAGGUACUUUUUCCCAGAAUUCAUCGAUGUCAUAUUGCCAAGAUGCCCGAAGAUUUCCUCAUUCUCAGAAUCCAUCUCCUGGAAGCAGCAGCCCUCGACCUUCUGUAAUAGGACGUAUAGGUCAGCGUCCAAGGGGUGAUGGUCAGGAUUGGGAUGCAGAAUCUUCCAAUGGAAGCACUGCUCAUGGUAAUGUAACUUCUGGAUUAUCUAAUCAAUCACCUUUGGAUAUGGGUCAUGUUGACCUGCCACAACUGGAAAAUGUGGAAACUUUGGAGCUACAGUUUCAGCAAUUUAGUCUUCCUCAGUUCUGUGUAGCCAUUUUGGAACAUGCGGUGCCUCUUCUUAAAACAGGUAGUAGGAGAAUAACCAUACAAGUGUUGGAAUUGGUUGCCGAAGACCUGCUACUUAUUGUUGAUGCGGUGUCUGAAGAUGUUUGGGAAGACAAAAGUCUCUUUGGUCUAGAAUUUAAAGAAAAACUGAUUGGAAUCCUAGAAGCACUAGGUGAAAUCAUUACCUAUCACAAAAGUAACACCAGCUCAGAAAAACCUGAGCUUGCAAUAGUGCAUCACAGGAUGGCAUUUGUUAGUGUUUCGCUUUUCACAGUUCGACUCCUGCAAGUAUUGCUACCUGUAGAGAAGGCCACUAGUGUUUUACCAGAGACUUUAGUGACAGCUUUGUUUGUCCUUUCCGUGGACAUGCCAUUUUCCUUGGAAUAUCCAAAUAUACAUGAGUCAGUCACAGCUUAUUUGGAACAAAUGAAUUCAGAAAAUUACAGUAUUUAUAAACAAGCGGCAGAAGCUGCCUAUUCAAUUGAGUGUGCUUGUAAUUUUAUGCUGGAUGUUCACAAGGAGGGAGAAAAAAAUCUUCUUGAUUUACUUGAACUGGCAGAACAAGCCAUAAAAAGUCUUCCAUUUCACCAGUAUUUUGUUCUACUUAAGGAAUACCUCAACAUUUGCUCAGAUAUCUGGAAAUCUGCUGGAGCUGACCCACUGCUGCAGAAUGAGAGUCAGAAGGUGCUUCUCCAUCUGUUGUCGCAUCCUGUGCCAAAUAUUAGAACAGAAGCCUAUCGCUGCUGCCUUGACAUUGUUAAGGAAUGUUUAGGCAUUCAUAAUGCCGUAAAGUCUAUUUCUUCAAUCAGUUGUGGUAUACAUUUUCUGCUUCAUCCCAAAGUACUUUAUGAAAUAUGCACUUUUGGGCUUCAGGAUUCCCAGCAUGAGGUGUGCUCAGCUGCCACAUUUCUGCUGAUGUAUCUUCUUCAGGGCCGAUUGAUGAUGGCAGCAGAAACCUGGAACAAGUUUAUUGAAACCCUCAAUCCUGUUAUUCCAGUUCUUCAGGGUUAUGCAAACACAGAAGAACCUCUAGGUAACCGUUUGCUCACCCUGAGUGAAACAACGACUGAAAGUGAAGGGAUUCUCCCAAGAACCACGAGGCUAAGAGCUUCUCUUCGUCUUCUCUUCUCAAAAAAGCCACUAGUUCGUUCUGUGGCACUUAAACAGUUAAUGUUUCACCUCGUGGAAGAAGAAGAGUCCCAUCUGAAGCGUCCACUGUUGCAUGGCAGCAUUCUCUCAAGUAUCUCUAACAUCCUUAUUGUGGAAAAGCCUAUUGAACUCAAGCUGGAUGACACAAGAGAAUCUGUUUUUAAGGCUGAAACAGUUGAAAAAUUGUAUAGUAUCUUUAUAUCGGACACCGUUGAUUUGACUUUGAGGAAGUCAGCAGCUGAGCAAUUAGUCAUAAUCAUGCAAGAUUCUAAAUUGCAUCCAAUUAUCAAAAAUAUGGGUGCAGUGGACAGAAUUCUUGCUUACUUUACUAAGUGUGUUGCUCAGGAUGGCAAGAUCAUUGACUGUAUGAUGUUGCCAUGUCUUGCACUUUUGCGGAAACUUCUGUCUGUUGAUCCAGUCAAACGUCUGUCAUUGGCUUACCAGCCUUCUGUCUUGCUUGUGUUAUUUAGAGUUGCCUUGAUAUUCCAAGAUUAUGGUGCUAUCACGAGUGAAACUGCAGUAUUACUUUGUCUACUACUUUUUGAUGAAGCAGCAAGGAAAGAGAUGUGGGCUGAUAAUGUUUCCUGUGAUCCUUCUAGCAUUUCCCACUUCACAUUGCCUGUUGCUGUUGUAAGGAGGUAUCAUCUACCUAUUAAAGUCUCUGCACAUCAUGCUGUCAGCCCUAACUCGGUGGUGUUACCAUUUUCUUGUGAAUUCUGGGCCUCAAAACACGUAUCAGAUAUGCUAAAAAUGGCUUGGAACUUGUCUUGGUUCCAUGGAGCAGAUAAUUUAGUUGCGCUUGCCAGUUAUGAGACAGCAGCAGAACAAUUUUCCAGCACUUUAAAGCUCUCCUCAGAAAGUUUUAUUACCCUUAAGUUAACGAGUGCAACCUUUGGUCUUCAGGAUUGUCUUAAUGCCAUCACUCAAGCAGCAUCCCACGGGGAAGUUAGGGCUGCUGUCACAAAAAUGAAUUUUUAUAUUUUGAACGAUAGGCUGGCAUUAAUGUGCAGCGGUAGUCCUUGUGGAGCCACUUUCAAGUCCUUGGCUUGGCAAACAGCAUUAAGCAGGUUUCUUCAAGUCCUUCCAGCGUCUUCAGAGGAUGAAAAACUUUUGGCUGAUGUCAUAUGUUUUUUAAACAAGUUUAUGAAGGAACAGAAGAAUAUUUCAGUGUUUGAACACCUAAAAUGGAUCCUGGACGUGGUGCUGAAGCAUAAUCCAAAAUCUCUAUUAGAUCUUGUGGUACAGCCAGAAUCUCCAGCACAAGAUGAAUCUGAUGAGCUAAAGACAGCUGUAAGACAACAAUUGCAGAAAGAAUUGAUUGCUUUCUUUAAUACACUUCUACUCAAGUUCAUGUCUGUUACUGACAGAAAAGAUUUGGAACUUACUGGUUAUUUCCGAACAGAACUAGCCUUGAAGCUUCUGCAGUAUUUGCGAAUAACAGAUGCCCCUCAUUUCUAUGGAUUACCUUUUUUGGAAAGGAUAUUAAAUAGCAUGGUUCAUGUCACAGCACUGCCAGGCUGGAGUUCAUACUCUGUCACAAUGGAGCCAUUCAUGAUUUGCAAGAAAUACUUAGCUGGCCUUCUUGAGGUCAUCUCAUCUUUUUAUGUUGAGUGGGGAGGCAAUGCCAUGUCUUUCAUGGGAAAAGGCGUUACCAAGAGUGCUGUCCUUUGUUUGCUUCACUUGUCCCAUGAAAUGAGUAUUCAGGCUCUAGAUGAGGAUUGGGUUUCACUCUGGUUCUUGCCAUAUGAUACCAGUGAAGAACAAGGUCAAUUUCGACAAGGCUUAGCGUGGCUUAUUCCAUUAUGGGUAGAUAGAGACCCCGAGGUAAAGUUCACUUCACUUGCAAUAGGAUCAGCGCUUACAUCACUAGACGAGGGCUGCUUCGCUUUAGCAGAAAGUUGCCAGAACAUAUCAGGAGGAUUAUGGGGAACAGUGAUUAACAUCCUUCUAGAUAAAUCCGAAUGCAGCAUGGUGCGAAGAGAGGCUGCAUUUAUUCUUCAGAAUCUUUUGGUUAUCCCACUGCCCACUGAAGAGACUAAAGACUCCAAUUGGCAGGGGCCUUGUGUACAUGAUGAAGCAACUGGUCUAUCUCUGUCGGGAAAACCUGCGCUGCAGGCCUUGCUCUAUCAUUGCCACUUCUAUGAGCAUUUGAAUGAAAUGGUGAAGGUAUGCUACCUGGGUCGGUAUACAUUUGAUGUGGAUUUCUCCUUGGGAGAUCAGCUGGUAUCAACAAAGAAUGGCAUGAAUGACUUUGAAGAUUCUCUUUCUGCUUGGAGAGUCCAGAAUGGUGGGAACCAAUCUCCAUGUACUCAGUCAACUACUGAUACUUGGAUAAUUUCAGCAUUACCAUCACCGGGACGUGCUGUGGAAGUAGAAGCACCCUCUUCGCCAGCUGUUAGUCUUAUUCACGAUGCAUCAUUGAACCGACUUGUAACUCAAGGUCAGAGUGACACAACCACAACAGCAUCUUCAAGUCCACAUGUUUCCCCAGAGUCUGUCAUUAGACCUAAUCAGUGUAUGGUAGUCACACCUCCUCUCCUUUCAGCUGUGUGUGGCGUGUUGGACAACCUGCUUGUUGUUAUUCCAAAAGAGACUACAAUUGCUCUUCGGAGAGCACAUACACUAAUUGCUCUCAGUAGUCUUGUAAAUUCUGCCUUGCUGGAGAGAUACAUCUUUGAAAUGAAAGCUCCGCCUUGGCCAUCUCAUAAGGAAUAUUCCAAAAUGCAGAUUUUAUUUCUACUGGAAUUUGUUUCAUCAUUUUCUCAACUGUUGAGGUCCUGUUUGUUGGUGGACACUCAUCUUGUACUGCCAGAUGAAUUAUUGAAGCCUCUUUUGGAAAAGUUCUUUGUGAUUCUUUCCUUUAACUCCAAGGACAGCAUAGGACCUGAAUUAUCAUCUGCAGUUCAUCGAACAUGGGAAGACCUGCUUGUUUUUUUAGCUACACUGUUAAGAAAAUGUGGCCAUAGUGCACUACCAUUUGUAUCUCUUGCGUUAGCAAAGCAUUGGGCUUCUGUAAUAGAUACACUGUGUGAAUGUAUCCAUCUUUCUACCAGACAACCGAGUUUGUGUAUGGCCUCCUUAUAUUUCUUAGCCCUUCUUUUUGCUGAAGAAGGGAAAAGAGAGUUCAACAAUAAAGAGGACGCUUGCUACCAGCCAACAGUGUCUUUCCUUCUUGAUGAAAAGAAGAACCAGGCAUCUGUAACCAAGCUCUGUGAAUUACUCAUUCAGACUUAUGAAGUAAACUCUUUUCAAGAUGUGGUAAAACGAGUCGCUGCAAGUGCCUUGCUUCCCUUUUUAGCUGUUAGUAGAAGUGCCCAGAAAUGUGCCCUAGAAGCCAACCUCAUAGAGACUGGCUUGGAACAGAUGAAACAUGUUUAUACAGAACUGAAUCUCACUUCCUUGAAGCUUGGAAAAGCAAUCCAAAGAAAAAGGGAAGACAACCUCAGCAGAGAAUUAAAACUUGCCAUGCAGCUCCUAAGAAAUUGUUUCUUUCGAAAUGAAUCUUGCAAAGCAGCAGCCCUUGGAACUCAUCUAAUUUCUAUCUUGCAUUCUUUGUGGCCUUGGCUUCUAAUGGAUGACUCCUUGAUGCAAGCAGCAUUGCAUUUGCUUUGUGUCUAUACUACAAACUAUCCUUCAGGCUGUGCUUCCCUUUGCUUGGCAAGUAGCAGCUUGUGCUCUUUCCAGACAACUCAAAGAACUGCAGCUGGGAACUCACUUAUGCAUAAUAUCAUGAAGUUAGCAACUCAAACUCUGUCUGAGAAUGGCAUCGUUCAGCAGAUGACCUUUAAUCUUCUGGCAAACCUGGUUGUAUCUCAAGACUGUAGAGGUGUUCUUCAGAAGAAUAAUUUUCUGCAGAAUUUUUUAUCACUAUCAUUGCCAAAAGGAGGAAAUAAAAGCCUCAGCAUGCUGGCUAUUGCUUGGAUAAAACUCUUAUUGAAUUUAUCAUUUGGAGAAGAUGGACAGCAAAUGAUUGUUAAAUUGAAUGGUGGCUUGGAUCAACUUAUAGAGAUGGCCAAAUAUAAACACAAAAACAACCCAGACAUGAUCCUUCUGAUUCUGCACAAUAUCUGCUUUAGUCCAGCCAACAAACCCAAGAUACUAGCAAAUGAUAAAGCUGUUGCGUUGCUAUCUGCCUGUCUGGAAAGUGAUAGCCUUGCAGCUCAGAGAAUAGGAGCAUCUGCAAUUUGGGCCUUGCUUCACAACUAUCAGAAGGCAAAAGUGACUUUGAAGAAUCCAUCAAUAAAAAGAAGGGUGGAUGAAGCUUUUAUGUUGGAAAAGAAAUGUCUUCACAAGCCACAAGAAAGUCAAGAAGAAACAUAUCACAUGAAGUGCCUGGAAACACUUGUACAGCUUCUCAGCAGUUGAUUGACACCAUGUUAACAGAGGGCACAUCAACUCGAUUGGCUUUUCCAAAAGGCAUGAGAACUAAAAUGGCAUAUUAAAUAUUAAAUCCCUUGUAUUGGAUUAUCUACCAAGAAAAGGAAAAUUUGCAGAGUUUUUGACUUAGUAGUAGGAGAGGUCAGUCCAAAUAAUGUAUAGCAAAUAUCUCCAUGGAAAUGCUGUUCUAGCAUUAUGAUGUUAUAGACAGAUGUAAGAAAGUAAUGAAGCAGCUAAUUGUAAAUUGUAAUUAUGUGAAUAUAUAUUUUUGCAAUAUUUGAGCUUGUAUUAAUAAAUAUGUUUUAAUAAUGUGA